AUGGAAUCCUACCUAGCCCUACGCGUGGCGUUGCUGCUCCUUUCCGGGGUCCUGGUCCCUGCGGUGCUCACAGCCGAGGGUCCCCAGGAAACGGCUCCAACACUGUGGAACGAACCUGCUGAGCUGCCGUCGGGAGAAAGCCCCGCGGAGAGCACGAGCCCGGCCCGGGAGCCCUCCGUCACCGGUGUCCAGGCCGCCACAGACGCGCCAGGCCCGGAGGACAGCACCGCCGGGGAGCGGCUGGACCAGGGCGGCGGUGCACUGGGGCCCGGCGCCAUCGCCGCCAUCGUCAUCGCUGCCCUGUUGGCCACCUGCGUGGUGCUGGCGCUCGUGGUCGUCGCGCUGAGGAAGUUUUCCGCCUCCUGA